AGAGGAGGUAGCAGUGACCGAGGAAGAGGAGGAAGGAAGGAGGGGAGUAUACUACAGAGAAUGAGUAAUACAAAUGAGUGUGUUGUGUGGACCAGACCUCCUCAUGUUAUGGAGAAGAAAGGUAAAACGGGCCAACCCAUAAUCCUACGAGCUAAUUAUUACGAGAUCAAGUCGACGCCGGACUGGGCCUUGUGUAUGUAUCACGUUACCUUCACCCCAGACGAGGACAGGACCCACAUGAAGAAGUUGCUCCUCCGCCAGCACGUCAGCACCCUCGGGAAUUACAUCUUCGACGGUAAUCAACUCUACGUGGCUCAUAAGCUCUCCCAUGAUCCGCUGGAGUUGGCCUCAAAACGCCCAGAUGACCAGACUCCCUACACUGUCAAGAUCCGGUUCAUCAAGGAAGUCCCUCCUUCAGACACACAGUUCCUUCAGAUCUUCUCCAUAUUGUUACGAAGAUGUUAUGAGCACCUGGGACUAACACAGGUGGGCCGUCAUUACUACAACAGCAAGGAAGAGGUGCAGAACCACAAGUACAGGGUUGCUAUCUGGCCUGGUCACGUGUCCAGCAUCAGACAACACGAGCACAGUAUUCUGAUGGUGACGGAUGCAAUACACAAGUUCUUACGACUGGACACUGUUUAUGAAAUCUUGCGAGGCAUCCGGAACACCAAGCCGGAUAGCUUUAAGUAUCUGGCGGGAAAACAGCUGCUGGGGAUGAUCAUCAUGACUCGGUACAACCAGAGGACUUACAGGAUUGACGAUAUAGCUUGGAACUUAACAGCUGUGAGCAAGUUCUCCUGUCAGGGUCAAGAUAUAACUUACAUGGAUUAUUACCAAAGAACGUACCAAGUGGCUAUCAAAGACCCACACCAACCACUCCUCAUGUCCAAGCCGAAGAAACGUGACCUAAGGCGUGGUCAGGGUAACAUAUACCUCAUCCCAGAGCUGUGUGUGGCUACUGGACUAUCUGACGAGAUGCGCACCGACUACAACCUCAUGCGUGAUUUUGCCGCUUGGACUCGCAUGGCCCCAGAUAAGAGAGUGACGACACUGAGCAAAUUUAACACCAGGUUGUUUGAGAAUGCGCAGGUCAAGGCCGAGCUACAACAGUGGGGGCUAGAGUUCUCCCAAACACUGUGUCAAGUACGAGGUCGAGUCUUACCCAGUGAAGUUGUUACUCAGGGUUCCCACACUUUCACCUACAAGAAUUCUGACGCUGACUGGGCAAGAGAGAUCAAGGAUGUGCCCAUGAACGUUGGACUGACUCUUACUAACUGGCUGCUCGUGUUCCCGGCUCGACUGAAGCAGGAAGCCGAUGAUUUUCUGAGUGGGGUUCGUCGUGUGAGUCGAUCCUUAGGCAUGGUGGUGGUCCAGCCUAAGAUAGAAUGCCUCCCUCACGACUCGGCCCAAGACUACGUGAGGACUGUGGCCAGGUAUGGGGGCGUUCAGAUCAUUGUAUGUAUCUUACCUAACAAUAGACUGGACAGGUACGCCGCUAUCAAGAAACACGCCUCUGUUGUCAUGGCCAUACCCACACAGAUGGUGUUGGCUAGGUCACUACAGAACAAGCCAAGGUUGAUGAGCAUUAUAGCCAAGAUAGCCAUUCAGAUGAACUGUAAACUGGGAGGGGAGGUGUGGAACGUCCAGAUUCCUUUCCAGAACACGAUGGUGGUGGGUUACGACGCCUAUCACGACAGCGGGAGGCGUGGGGCGUCGUGGGGGGCGGUGGUCGCUUCCUUCAACAAGAACCUGACUCGGUAUUACGGCCAGGUGUCACGUCACUCCAACCAGGAGGAACUUACGGCCAACUUCUGUGCUUCUAUACAGAAUGCCCUCUGUCACUAUGCUGAAGUAAAUGGACGAUUGCCAGAACGAGUGUUGGUUUAUCGGGAUGGCGUAGGUGAGGGCCAACUGCAGUAUGUGAAGGAUAUUGAAAUAGCUGCCAUUAAGGCGUGUUUUGAAGCCAACAACUACUCGCCCAGGUUCAGCUUCUUGGUCGUGAGUAAGAGAAUCAACACACGUCUCUUUGCUCAGGGCGUUAACACAGGCACCCCCAUCAACCCCCCUCCUGGUACUGUCUGCGAUGACGUCAUUACCCUACCAGAAAGGUACGACUUCUACCUAGUGAGUCAGAGGGUAAUACAAGGGACAGUGACUCCCACCUCAUACAAUAUCAUAGAAGAUCUCAAUUCUAAUCUUGAUGCUGACAGACACCAACGCCUGGCCUACAAGUUGACUUAUUUAUACUACAACUGGAUGGGACCUGUGAGGGUACCAGCCCCUUGCCUGUACGCCCACAAGCUGGCCUACAUCACCGGGCAGGCCAUCCACGACGUUCCUCACCGGAAUCUCAGUGAUAAGCUGUGGUACUUGUGAGAACUGACCACCAGAACUGUCCCAGAGCCUGUUGGAGCCUUAUAUAUGUGACAACUGACCACCAGAACUGUCCCAGAGCCUGUUGGAGCCUUAUAUAUGUGACAACUGACCACCACAACUGUCCCAGAGCCUGUUGGA